AUGGACAAGAACGGCUUUGUUAAAGAUGAUGCCGCCUACAGUGAUGCGAGCAAGGCGUUGACUUUCUUACACAUGCCACCGACCGAGUACCACAACCCAAGCCUUGCCAAGGAAGAGCAGGAGGUGACUGACCAGCUCUACCGUGGCUGGCUGCAUUACUGGAACCAUGAGUCGCGCCAGGACUUUGCCAACGGCAUGAACGGAGCACGCCGCUUCUAUGACUUCGAAGACAUGCUUAGCUAUGACAUGUUUGGCAACACCAUCCGAGGCAGCUUCAAGGAGCACUUUGAAUCCAUCUUCCCCUACUGGAACGAUGGGCACAUGGAGUACAAGGACUUUGAAGUCACUGCCCUGUCCAAGGAGUAUGCCUUCUCCACCAUGAUCCAACACACCUGGGGUACUGCCGGUGGGGUGCCGUUCGACACGGCUUUCAGGAGGACUGGGAUCGCGAGGAAGAAUAGCCAAGGCGAGUGGAAGUGGAUUCAUGAGCAUCUGAGCUUCCCCACCGAUAUGAAAACCAAGCAAGCCGACUUCACAGCCUCGCUCGACCCAGUCAAGGCGACCAAGCUGGCGUAG